AUGGUUGAAAUGCUCGGUGAAAAGAAAAUGGUUCUCGAAGAGCGAGUAAAUGAACUAGAAGAAGCGGUUGCAGAUUUAGAAGCUCUUCAAGAUAUGUCUGACCAACUAGCCGAGUCUUCAAAAGAAUUAGAGCUUGAACUUAGAGAAGAAUUGGACUUAGCAUUAGGUUCCGCUCGAGAUGCACAACGUCAUCGUGACGCUGCCUUAGAAACUUUAGCGGAUCGUGAAUUAACAAUCGCUAAAUUUAGAGAACUUACUAAUCGUUUACAAGAACAAUAUUUACAAUUACAGAAUCGCAUGCAAUCAACCGAAUCUGUAUAUUCGGGCGCUAGAGGUACUGAUCAACAACUUGCGGAAAUUUUAGACUUUCAGAAGACAUUUGCAGAAACUCGUGCACAAACCAAAGCAGUUGAUCUUGAAUUACGCCGGUUGGAUAUUGAGGAAGCUCGUACUCAUGUUAAAUAUUUACUUCUAUUCAUGCCACCGGCUUUCCUAAUUCGAGGAGGUGAUCAUGAUGCAAUUAUGACACUUCUCCUUAUUUCUAGAAUGAUUCAAAAAACUGAAAUAUUGAUUUCUCAAAUGAGAGAUAAAUAUCAAGCUGUUGAUAGUAUUGAAAGAUCAUCGAUAGUUAAAGGUCACUUGGUUGCUCAAUACAUAUUCAGAUCAUGCUUGUGUGGUCAUAUAUAUUCUUUGCAAACUGUGCUUGGAGCUUUUGAAUCAAUUCUCAAUGUAUGUUCACCAGAAAUACUGUUAAAAGUUGGAGCCGCGUAUCCGGAAAUGUUGGCUCAAGAAAAGGCUGUAGAUUCUUUAAUUUAUCUUGCGAAAAAAGAUCAAUUAGAUGAAAAUGUUUCAACAGAAGCCAUAGAAAAAUGUUGUGUUUAUUUCGGAACGAUGUUUUCUGUUCUAUUUGAAGAUAGUUCAAUGGCUAAUCAGCCAAAAAUGAUUCUCAAUGGAACAAAAACACUUGGAAAUCUUUGUGACGCUUUAACCGUUGAAGCAAGUUCUAUUAAAACACUUUUGGAUGGAGAUAGUGGUGAUAUUGAUCUUUUGUGUCAACAUAUUGAAACAACUUGUGAAGUGAUUCAACAACAUUUAAGUUCAGCAAGAAGACGAGUUCCUCGUGAUCAAAUAUCGAAUAAUGGAACAAACUCUUCCAUUAAUUUAGGGCUAGAUAAAGAUUGGCUUCAACAGUUUGUUAAUUGUUAUCAAAAUGCUGUUAAAGUAGCCAAAACGCUUCAAGACUUAUUAAAGAACGCAAUUCAAACGAUUAUUACUAACGGAGAUUUGGACGUUGGUAUAAAUGCAUCUAAAUUGAAAGAAAUGGCUGCAAUAUCUAGUGAAAAAAUUUAUGAUACUGAUGAUUUAGGACCAAUUUCAACAUUAAAAGCAAGUUUAGUUAUCGUGCAGCAAAUGGCAGCAGACUUAGCCCAAAAAAUGGUCGAAUGUGAAAAUGAAAUAAUUACAGUUAAGCAAGCACCAGUUAACCAAUCAGCAUUAACCGAUGGUGUAGAAAAUCAAAUUCCGAUUAGUAUACGAGCUCAAACUACUCGAAAAGAAUUUGAAGAAACGAAAAAUCUGGCCAGAAAAUUGGAAACAAAAGAUGUUGACAUACGAGAAGUAAAACUGGCCCUCCGAGAGAAACAAGAAGAACUUUCAGAGAUGAUGUUAAGAAAGGAAUUGGCCGAAAAACGCCUUGCAACUCAACAGCAUGAUCAUGAGCUUACUGUUGAGAAAUUAAAACGAAAAUUAGAAGAAGCAAUUAAUCAAUUGAAACGGAAAGAAAAAGAGUUUGAAGAAACGAUGGAUCAUUUACAGACAGACAUUGAUAGUCUUGAAUCAGAAAGAGGUCAAUUAAAAGAAAAGUUGAAAUCUUUAGGCAAAAAAGUCACAACUCCUGUUGUCGGAAUUCCUUCGCCCGGAAACAGAUCAGAUAAUAAUCUUACAUUGUCUGGAAGUAAUGAAACUAAUAUUAUGUCAGGAGCUCCUAUUGCCUUUGAUAAUAGACUAUUAGUACAAGAGAUUUCAGCUUUAAAAGAAGCACUCGCAAGCGAAAAUAGACUGAAAAAUAAACUUGUAGCAGAGUCUCUUAAAAAGAAAAUGAAUAAUUUGAAUCCCAUUUCUACAUCACUUCUACAUGACCAGCCAGAUUCUAAUAUUGAAUCAUUACAGGAAAAACGACUUGAGUUGCUCAAGGACAUACAUAAUGUUAUGAUAUAUAACGCAAUUCCGGAUUUGACUAAGAACUCCCAACCUGACAUAAAAAAUGUUACAAUUGAAAAAACAACUCCUGCGUAUGAAUUUAUUAAGCGGAAAUUACUCCUAAAAAAUUUAAACAAUAGAGUAGAAAAUCUAACGAAUGAAGUUUAUCAAACAAGUGUCAAAAAGGCAAUAGGCGCAAGAGUUUCUACAAACUUUUCAGUAUUUCCUAGCCGCAAAAUGGUUUCAGCGAUGCAAGAAGUAAAUGGUAUACUAGCAGCACAAAUUAACAUGCCAUGUUCCGGACCAAGUCAAGUCCAUAGUAUCAAAAUCGGUACUCACGAGUUACGAAAAAUAUAA